AUGAGUUGUCCGGGCUUACGAUUAUCUAGGCAAUUAUUACACAAUAAAGCUGGAAUACUACAUCGUAACCAGGCUUUCUACAAUAUUGUAAGAUCGAAUUCUACUGCAACAUCACCAUCAACAUCAUGGCCAGACCUUUUAGAUUCAGAUUUCAAAAAAGAUUCAGAAAGCGGAAUUAGGCAACCUGAUUAUAUAAAAUUAAUUUUGACUUCUAGAGUAUAUGAUGUUGUACCUGAAGCUGGAACUCCUUUGACACAUGCAAUCAACUUAUCACAUAAAUUAGGUGCUAACAUUUUUUUGAAAAGGGAAGAUUUGUUACCAGUUUUUUCAUUCAAAUUAAGAGGUGCAUAUAAUAUGAUUGCGAACUUGCAUUCUAAUUCUAAACAACCAAUGUCAGGAGUUAUUGCUUGUUCUGCAGGUAAUCAUGCUCAAGGUGUAGCCUACUCCGCAAGCAAAUUAAAUAUUCCCGCAACUAUAGUUAUGCCAACUGCCACACCCUCCAUAAAAUUUACAAAUGUUUCAAGAUUGGGUUCUCAAGUAGUGCUAUACGGUGAUGAUUUUGAUUCAGCAAAGCAAGAAUGCGCAAGAUUAAGUAUUGAAAACAAUUUAGUGAAUAUACCGCCUUUUGAUCACCCGUAUGUUAUUGCAGGUCAAGGUACUUCUGCGUUAGAAAUAACGAGGCAAUUAAGGUUGGAUAAACUAGAUGCAUUAUUUGUACCAGUCGGAGGAGGAGGUUUAAUUGCAGGUGUCGCAGUUUACUUGAAACAUAUUGCACCACAUGUCAAAAUUAUUGGUGUAGAAACUCACGACGCAAAUGCGUUAUAUACUUCUUUAAAAGAAAAGAAACAAGCUCAUUUGAAUAAAGUUGGUCAAUUUGCAGAUGGUACUGCUGUUAAGAUUUUAGGUAAUGAAACAUGGAGACUUUGUAAAGAUUACGUCGAUGAAGUUGUGUUAGUUGAUACAGAUGAGCUCUGUGCAGCUAUAAAAGAUAUUUUUGAGGAUACUAGGUCCAUCACAGAACCCUCUGGUGCUUUAUCAAUUGCAGGAUUGAAAAAGUACAUAGAGCAGCAUCCAGAGAUCGAUCAUAAAGAUAGAACAUACGUUCCAAUAUUGUCCGGCGCAAACAUGAAUUUUGAUAGAUUGAGAUUUGUCAGUGAGAGAGCUGUUUUAGGUGAAGGGAAAGAAAUCUCGUUGGCUGUUACCAUACCAGAAAGACCAGGUGAAUUUGCUAGAUUACAAAAAAUAAUUUAUCCCAGAGCUAUUACUGAAUUUUCCUAUAGAAGUAGUGGUGAAGAAAAUGCAAAUAUAUUUGUUUCAUUCAAUGUCAGUGAUAAAAAGAAAGAAAAAGAGGAACUUAGUAAAGAGAUGAUAGAAUCUGGAUUUGAAGUUGUUGAUAUUUCUGAAAAUGAAUUGGCAAAAUCACACGGUCGUUAUUUGGUUGGUGGUAAAUCUCAUAGUUUGGACUCUAAAAAUGAAAAGUUGUAUCAAUUUGAAUUUCCAGAAAAACCAGCAGCAUUGUUCAAUUUCCUACAAGCUUUAAAGAGUGAUUGGGAUAUUAGUUUGUUCAAUUAUAGAAAUCAUGGUCAUGACAUUGGAAAAGUGUUGUGUGGAUUUAUACUACCUGAAGGCUCUGAGUCAGACUUCCAAGAUUUUUUGAAAAACAUUGGAUAUACCUUUGUAGAUGAAACACAAAAUGUGUUUUAUAAAAAAUUUUUAAGAAAUUAA